CUAAAUUUAUGUAUUUAUUGUAGAAUCUUUUAUAAAUACCAUUGAAAAAAGAAAACCUGUAACGGAGAGAGAAAUGAAUUAUAAAGUAUUUUACCAAUUUUAUUUGGUCCAAACAACUUUAGUUGUCAUGACGUUGAUGGUAACAGGAAUGCAUGCACAACAACCAAGACGUGAUGCUGAUUGGCCUCCAUCAUCAAUUUUAAAGAUGGCAAAACCAUUUCAUGAUAUUUGCGUAGAAAAAACCGGUGUUACUGAAGAAGCCAUCAAGGAAUUCAGUGAUGGCGAAAUUCAUGAAGAUGAAGCUUUAAAAUGUUAUAUGAAUUGUUUAUUCCAUGAAAUUGAUGUGGUUGAUGAAAAUGGCGAUGUACAUUUGGAAACAUUAUUUAAUACUAUACCUAAUACUGUGAAAGAAUUGCUUAUAAAAGCUUCUGAGAAUUGUGUACAUCCAGAGGGUGAUACUUUGUGUCACAAGGCUUGGUGGUUCCAUCAAUGUUGGAAAAAGGCAGAUCCGGUGCACUAUUUUUUGCCCUAAAAUGAAAAAGUCUAUGAUUUUAAUUUUAGGAAUUUAUUGAUGAUUUUUGAACGGAAUAUGUUGAAUUUAAACUUUUAGAUUUAAGUCAAUUAUAUUAUUAUUAUUUUGUUUUUUGAGCAAUAUAGAAAUAAACUAUAAAAAAUGUCU